AUGGCUUCUCCGAAUUCCCUCCCAACAUACAACGCCAGAUACCAACCAUCCCGGCCAAUGUCCCGAUCCACGGUUGCACGUUCGGGUUCUAGACGGGUAUCGCCAUCAACACAAGCCGCACCAAAACACUACUCCGCAGGCGACAGUUCCGACGAAGAGGUCCCCGAACCGAAAUUCAGUGCAUCCGUUAAAGCGCUGUUACAUGGCGAUGGACUUAGCUCGUCACCGCACCUCCACAAGGCUCAACCGGUGUCGCAGGAACGAAUUGCGACUUCGAGGCAAAGUCGGUCCCCUCGCACCUCAUCGCCUCACGAUUCAUCCAAUGGAAGCCCGGCACCAAGAGUUGUUCGCAUAGGCGCCAUUUCAUCCGGUGCCAGAUUCUCACGCGAAAGCUCCCCGCUUUCCAACAGCCAGAGCGCUGAACCGGAACACCACAGCCACCCUAAUGAUUUUGUUACCCCAGCCCCCCGACAACGCAGUGUUCGUAUCAAUGUAUCGCGCAGUAACUCGAAUUCUCCCGCUUCUGCCUCGCCAUCCGGAAGGCGUUCGGCAGAACGUAAUUCGGGCGAUGAAUACGGCAGUGCUGAGCGCUCUGACAGUGAUCGCAAGUCCCACUACGACGAUGAUCCGGCAUCCCGGUAUAUUCCGUCCUCAGCCCUCCGGGGGCGUGGUGGCGAAGAGAUAGCACCUCACAGCUCAUUGCGCGUGAAGCGAGUCGGUCGGCUUGCGGGCAGUUUCCUCAAUGGCCCCGCUCGGAGAGGUGUUCUGAGGCGACAGAGUGAAGAGAGCAACGAAGAAAACAACAGAUAUCUUUCGGCGGAUGGCGUUCAGGAAGACGUGGAAGGAGAAGAAGCAAACGCCGAAUAUCAGACUCGCAACCCUGCCAAAUCUUCAUCACCCAAGGUCUCCUGGGCGGAUCCCAAUCCGCCCGUUUCACGCGAGUCCCUUCGCUCCGAGUAUCCCUUUCGCCCGGCUGAGGUUGAGGGUCCAUUCUCAAGAUCAUCAUCACCGAAGUCUUAUGGAUCCAAGUCAACACCUGGUUCAUCCGAAGUAUCAUCAAAGUCAUCUAUUGCGAAGGAACAGCCUGUCUUCAAGGUUCCUUCAAUACCAAAUCUGCCGUCGGUUCGUGACCAGGAAAAUGAGCCGCCACCAACGUUCCGCCGCAACAAGCCCCAAGGUUUGAAUGUGAUGGACAAACCCGACAAGUACAACGUCGUUUACGAUACCGAAAAGAAAGAUGCAGUCGAAACUCCAGCUGGAAGCUCGGCACGGAAGAUACUCGCCACUAAGAGCAACAACACGCCUCACAGGGCCGCACCUCCUCCCCCCUAA